AUGGCGACGACAGCUCACUGCGCGUACUGCUUUGAAGUGCUCCUGGCGAGCUUCGAAGGCGGCUCUGCUCUGCCGCUGUCUGCCUUCAGCAAGGCGAUCGAAGCCGAAUCGUCUUCGUCGUCGCUCGAAUCAUCCGCGUCCCCGACCUCCAGCUCUGGCACAUACCGCACUGCCGCGUCCGCGACCGACGGGCAGAUGUAUCCGAUGUUUGUGACUUGGAACACUGUCACCAGUCGAGGCGGUGUGCGGCUACGCGGGUGUAUUGGCACGUUUGAAGCGCAGCCUUUGGAGAAAGGGCUUGCGAGUUAUGCAAAGAUUGCAGCCUUUGAGGAUACGCGGUUCAACCCGAUCUCGGCAAAAGAGCUGCCGACUUUGGAAUGCGGUGUCUCUUUGCUUACGGACUUUGAGGACGCAGCAGAUCCCCUCGACUGGACCUUCGGCACCCACGGCCUGCGCAUCUCCUUCGUCAUCAACGGGCGCAGAUACUCAGCGACCUACCUCCCCGACGUACCUCCCGAGCACUUUGAUUCGAAAGAAGAAACGCUCGGCAGUCUCGUUUUGAAAUCCGGCUACUCGGGCGCGAAGAAAUGGGACCAGUUGGGGAUCAAGCUGGUGAGAUAUCAGAGCUCAAAGGCGAAGCUUGGGUAUCCGGAGUUCGCGGCGCUGAAGAAGCGGUUGGGGGUUGUGUGA